AUGGCUACUACUGAGUAUAUCGUUUUUACCCCUGCCCUCGGGCAGGCGGUUACAGUUUCCCCCAGAGUUCCAAGAAUUGCAGUUUAUGCAAACUCGCCGAAACCAAUCAAACUGGUGGCCAAAUUCGAAGGUGGUACUUCGGAUUUCGAGCAGUUGCCAGGCAAAAUUUUGUUUGCACAUGGGUGGUCCCGCGACCACGACCGGGAGUUUUCAACAGAGCUUGUUCUCGAAGAAGGCGAGAAUCUAAAGAGCCAAAAACUGGACUGGCUCGAUAUCAACGACUGGGAAGGCUGGGCCUGGUAUAGAUCAAGAGAGACGUGGAUUGAGGCGUCUUUUACGCCAUUGAGCAAACUGUUACCAAAUACACCGACACACAACCUCCUGCUACGGCCAAAACCCCCGAAAAUAGAUCCUAAAUCAGUCCUGGCGGUAUUCCCAGCCUCUCCGCCUGGAGCUUUUAUCCAUCUCAGUGCCGCGCGUGUUGGAGAGGCACCUGGUGUUUACAUCCGUGCCCGGCGAGUCAAGAAGUGUGGCAGGAUCGUUUCAUACGUUGGUGCAAAACUUACCGUUCACAAUGGAGAGCUAAAUGCAAUUCGCGGAGCAAUUGAUGUUGCGCGUAAAAAGUACGGCUACUCUACGGCUCCCUUUACUCAGGAGACUGGCCACAGUCCCUUCGACCGUCUUGGCUUCUGCACAUGGUCAAGCAUUGGUGAAAAUGUUCCGUUAACACUAAAUCUUAUGGAUGACUUGGUCCAUAAAUUGGCCAAAUUUAACAUCCCAGUCGGUACUUUCAUCAUUGAUGAUGGCUGGCAGGAUAUUCGUUAUGGGCUCAAUGGCAGCGAGAAGACGCGAGGGCUGUGGAGCUUUGACACAUGGGAGCACAUGAACAGUCCGCUUUCGGAUGUUGUAUGUCUGAUCAAGAAGACGCUCCCGACAGUGGAAGACGUUGGAGUCUGGAUGACUCUACACGGAUACUGGAACUCAAUUGCCCCAACUUCGCCGCUAGCAAAGAAGUAUGAGAUGCGGACAUUCAAAUUGAAUCGGGACAACAUUCAAGGAAUCGACUGGCCCAAAAAUGACUUUGAUGACCAGCAAUCCGGUUCUAUAUCCAACCCCGAGAAAAGGACAUGGUGCUUACCGCCUCUCCAUCUGGCGUAUGCGUUUUGGAAAGACUAUUUUACAAGCUGCUUUGAUGCCGGCAUCAGUUUUGUGAAAGUCGAUGACCAGGCUUAUGGCUCACUUCUAGAUGGGGUCUCGGGCGGCGAGGAGUUCGUCGCUAUGUGGGAUGGCAUGACCAGAGCCGCCAAUGAAGUCUUCGGGGACAGCAAAGUAAUCCAUUUCAUGGCCCACUACGAGCGUACCUUCAAUGGUGACAUUGGAAUGGGGGUUGCGACGCAAGGCAGGAAGAUCGUCAUCAGGAAUUCUGAUGAUUUUGGUCUCAAUCGACCUGAUAUCCACCGCAACCAUAUCCACUAUAAUAUCUACAACGCGAUGCUUACCUCCCAACUAUGUCUUAUUCCAGAUCCCGAUAUGUUUGUGACAAGUGCCCAGUGGCCAGAAUACCACGCAGUCUUGCGUGCUUUUUUCGAAGGCCCUCUCUUGCUCGCUGAUAAGCCAGGGCAGCUUGAUCUCGAGAUCCUAAAUAAAUUGGUUGGAAGGUCAACGACGAACACCUACGAAGUAGUUAAGGCGCCACAGACAAUCAGGCCGCUGUCGAGGAAUGUGUGGGAAGGAUGUUUAGAUGGGGGUGCUGGCCCAGCAAUCAAAGGCGUCUCAUAUUUUCCUAACGCCAGAUCCGCAUCUCUCAUCCCUUGGAACGCACGAAAAAGCGCAUUCGAUAACGCAGUGGACAUUAUCUUCGAGCUCGACCUCAUUGAUGCUUUGGAAGGCAUCGAGAAACCUGUUAAUGGAGAUGGGAACUUCGAUGUUGCGCUGUGGCUCUCUAAUGCCGGCGCAGCUAAGUCUGUGAGACUGAGGGGCUUUGGACAAGACAAAUUUUAUGAGACAUCUUCGAUGCCAGUGAUAUCUACGUUGAUAGGCCCGCAGGCGUCAGAGACGCUUACUAUUGCGCCCUACGAAUAUCUCGGCCACACCAUGGUUGCAUGUCUCGGAUUGAUUGAUAAAUAUGCUGGUCUUGCGGCUAUCCAAAGGAGUCGAGCCAUAACCGGGAAGUUGUCUAUAGACUUUAGUUUCAAUGGCGUUGCUGGUUUUCUCGUCAUGUUGAGAGCGGAAGACGUUGGGAAGAGGGCCAGAGUCACGGUUGAUAACAUCUCGACUCCAUUUGUUGUCAAAUCAAAAGGAAAUGGGUUGUGUCUCAUUGAGGUGGAUUUUGCAAGCAUACAAGCUGUCCUUGCCAAAGAUAGCUGGACCGUAGCGGUACAAAUUUGA